ACGAGAGAGUGGCUUAGUGCGAGUCUGACUGGGGCUGUGUUCAGACUGGUGCUGUCUUACUUUUGUCUGUCAGUGUAUGUGUGUGCGUGCGUCCGUAUGCAACAAUUUUUUCUAUAGCGAGGACUCUAAUCUGGCUCACGAAGAGUUUUGUGCUCUCUUGCAAGAAGAGGUCGGAGAUUUGUAUUGAGAUAGAGAAUUUAAAAAGCUAGGGCGUGAGCCACGACGAACGGAAGGCACCAAAGCACAAUGGGUUGGCCGAUGAAGUUACUUUUCAUGUCCUUAUUAGGACUUGCGGCGUGCCAACAGCGCUCCAUCAAUGGCGGCAGCAGGCGACAAAGAGUCCCAGCGGGAAAGUCCGAAGUCGCGAACUUCAACUGUCCAGAGGACUUCGGGUAUUACCCGCAUCCUUCCGAUUGCACUCAGUACUACGUCUGCGUCUUCGGAGGUGCCCUUCAGGAGUCCUGCACAGGAGGACUUGUCUACAGCCACGAAUUGCAGACCUGUGACUGGCCUCGCAAUGUAGUGUGCAAUUUGUCCCCUGCCGGAUCUGGCGUUUCUACCGUUCGCAUCACCGACCCUCGAACUCAAAACACCAACUCCGUACGAUCAGCAACCGAGCCACUAACUCCAUCUGUUGGCAGCUUUGACGUUCGGUUCCAAAAUUCUUUAUCUUCCCAGAGUCCUCGAGAUUCCCAAUCAUUUUCGGUGUUUGAUGGCAGCGACAAGAACAGGCAGCCGAAAUUUUUGAGGCAAGAGUCUGAUCCUCAGCAAUCCUUCACCCGCUUCCCUCAGCAGUCCUUCUUCUCCGAUACUGAUGUACAAGAAUCCAGCAGUCGCCCAAUCAAUGUACAUCCUACUACCAACAGGUCGCCCGUUUUCCCGUGGUGGAAACUACAAUCUCUUGGACAAGGAGACCUGCAGUCUCUGGAGGAGAAAGCGAGGCCAGUUCGAGCGACCUCCCUUGCCCAAUUCUAUAGAAGCGGGAGAGACGUGACUCACCUCAACGACUCAACACCAGACUUUGACUUCGGACUUCCAUUUGUUUCUGCUGCCACACCACGAUUUGGCCAGGAGUCCCAGCCACAUAUACUGUCCCGUCGUCAACAACAUCAGCCAAAGACGUUUGGAGCUGCACCAUCUUCCUUCAGGAACCCCAAACCUCGAGCCCCCAACCCUAGACCCGACCAGGGAAUUUCUCGCAGACAGUCCAGACCAAAGAAUAAUUUUUUUAACCAAGGAUUUCCCCCGAAUCAUUUCCAGUCACAGCAGUUUUCCAGAUUUCCCCCAAAUCCCUUCUCUAAUUCUUUUCACUCACAGUUUCCACCUCAGUCUUCACCAGCUAACCCUUUCGGCAAUUUUCAAACCUUUUCUCAUUUCAGUGAUGACUUAGACACGAGGCCAUUUACCCUAAAUCACAAACCCAUCGGGCAACACCAUUCUCAGCAGCAUGGGUUUCCUCCAAGACAUCCUCUCAAUACUACACCUAGACCUGACUUCAGCCACUUUGAUGAGAAUUUACAAGUUGGUCACUUUUCUACAAGGCCUCAAGGGCAGUUACAUGUUUUCCCACCAAGGUUGCCUCAUAGCAACUUUGCCCCUAGACCCCAAAAUGAUCCAUUUUCAACACACUUGUCACAUCCUAGAUUCCCACCCAGUGGAACUCCUGUUGAACCUUUUGUAAUUGAAGAAGCUCUUGCUCACACAUCACCUCAGCCUCCCCUGAGAGUCACACCACUAGAUUAUUCCACUUCAGAUUUACGGCCUCCUCCUCCACCUCCACAAAAUUUAGCUCCCAGUUUCCCUCAUGAAUUUCCCUCUCAUUCUCAGUUUCCCAAAGUUGAUGAUUCUGAAUUUCAUCCUCAUUCCAAGUUUUCCAAUGAUGAUGUUCCUGUAUUUCCUCCUCAUUCCCAGUUUCCUAAUGUUGAUGAGCCCGAAUAUCCUCCUCACUCCCAGUUUCCCAAUGUUCAUGCUCCUGAAUUUCCUCCUCAUUCCCAGUUUUCCAAUGUUGAUGAUCCUGAAUUUCCUUCUCAUUCCCAGUUUUCCAAUGUUGAUGAUCCUGAAUUUCCCCCUCGUUCCAAGUUUCCAAUCUCCAAUCAUUUCUCAGAAUCUCAGUUCCCAACUCAUCCAGCUCCCCCACCUCCUCCACCUUCUCCUUCUCCAGCUCCUCCAACUACUAACCCUCCUCCAGAACCAGAAAACCUCCCUUCUCGUCCACCAUCAGUGCCUGAAUUUUCCCCAACUUCUAGAACUCCUUUUGCUACAACAGCUACAACAGAAUUUUCCUUCAUUCCAGAGGUCAAUGGGCACCCAAUCCCACGCACAACAGUAUCACCAAAUCCCUCAUUUAAUACCAUCACAGAAAAACCACAUAGGCUAUCGACACAUGUUAAACCAACAGCACCUUUCAAACCUCCAAGUCCAUCAACAUUUCCACCUUUUUCCAAUGUUAGGCCAACAUUUUCAUCAUUCCAAAAUCCCAGCCCAUCAAAAUCCCAGAGUGAAGUAAAAACACCUGGUACUCCACCACAAAUUCCUGGCACAGCUCGUCAUCCUGAGCUCUCCAAACUGUCUGCGAGCAAUUCCCAGACCUUAGACUCAAAAAGCCCUUCUUCAACCCUUUCCCAGGACAACCGCCAACCAUUCAGACCACAAACUAGUUUUAGCGCCGCCGUCACCUCCCGGCCAGUUGCUCGACCCGCCCCCACGCGCGCUCCUGUUGUUGAGGAUGCUUUCUACUCCGACUACAACUUGACAGAUGCUGAUUAUCUCUACUAUUAUGAUGACCUGCUCUAUGAUUACUACGACCUUACUCCUACUACCACAAAAGCCCCAGUCCGACGACCCGCUGUGACCUCUGCGCCUGCCAGAGAGGAAGUGUUUGAGACCCGUCCUCCACCACCACCACCAUCAACUACCACCACAAGUUCUACCACCACUACUACUUCUACCACUACCACCACCACCACUACUACAACCACCCCCCGUCCCCGCACAACCACCGCUGCCACAACAAGUGGUCCUAAGUUGAGGCCGGUACCUGUAAGAAUUCGCACGGAUUCCCCCUCCUCCUCCUCCUCCUCCUCCUCAACUGUCUCCAAGUCAUUCUCCCGUGGAGGAGGCCCCGCCGGCGUUGACACUGCUUCUUCCUCCCGUAUCUCCUCCUCCCUCUCUCCCUCUUCCUCUCUCCGAGCAGCCGCAUCCUCCUCGCCAUCCUCGACUAGAAGGGGGUCUCCCACUUCACAAUCCUCAAGGGACGGUCAGAAUCAGCUCUUCGAAUUUUCCAACUUUGACUUUGAAUCUGCACGUGCUAGUUCAUCCUCAUCCUCCUCCUCCUCUUCCUCCUUUUCCUCUUCCUCCUCCUCCUCCUUUUCCUCGCCCUCGGCCUCUCCCUCCACACGCCCUCCUACAUUGCAGUCCCAAUCAUUAAGAAAGUCCCAACAGGCUGCACCUUCUGAGCCUCAGGCCCGCUCCAAAUCAACCUCGUCUAGAAAUGGGGAUCAGUCUCAGUCCCAUCCUGCCAGAGUUCAAGCCCAUCCACCUCCCAUAGGCCAGUCUCAGAGACUGACCCUCCAGACUGCCUCCCAGGCUCUCAGGGCCACAACACAUUUGCCAUCUGUGAAAGCGACGUUAUCUAAAUCUUCCUCCCAAUCCCCAUCUACAAGUAAUUUCCCUUCAUUUGAAUCUGCCUCCUCCUCCUCCUCCUCCUUCUCCUCCUCCUCUUCUUCCUCUCCCGACUCCUCCUCAGACUCCUUCUCCUCAUCUUCCUCAAGUUCUCAAGCCCCUAGUGUAUCCCAGAAAUCCUCGAGGCAACCUACCGCAUCUAAUCGGGGAACUGCAGCUCCUAGCAGAGCGCCACAAAGAACAAAUCCUGCUGCAACCACUGGACCGAUCAGCGUCGACGCCUCCGUUCCUAAAAGGAAUAGUCGUCCCACCUUGAAGCCAGUGUCAGUUGUUGCUCCCACCACAAGUGCCGCGAUUGAUAUCUGGAAAUAUCCUCCUCAGAGACCUUCUCCAACUCGUCCUCAACCUCCUGUUGACGCGAAAGCCACCAAGUGUGACCCCAAGGUGUGCAGACUCCCUGAUUGCUACUGCGGAGGCAAAGAUGUUCCAGGCGGGAUCCAUCCCCAGGACACUCCUCAGAUGGUUCUUCUCACCUUUGAUGACUCUGUGAAUGAUCUCAAUAAGGGAUUAUACACUGAGCUCUUCGAAAAUGGAAGGAAAAACCCCAACGGAUGCCCCAUCGUCUCCACUAUGUAUGUUUCCCACGAAUGGACCGAUUAUUCUCAGGUUCAGAACUUGUAUGCUGACGGGCAUGAAAUGGCAUCUCACAGCAUCCAGCACAGUUUUGGCGAGCAAUUCUCCAUCAAGAAGUGGGCGAAAGAGAUUGCCGGACAAAGAGAAAUCCUAGCUGCAUAUGGUGGUGUAAGGAUGGAGGAUGUCCGAGGAAUGAGAGCUCCCUUCCUUGCUGUUGGUGGAAACAAAAUGUUCAAAAUGUUGUACGACCAGAAUUUCACCUACGACUCGUCCAUGCCCGUGUACGAGAACAAGCCACCUAGCUGGCCCUAUACCCUAGAUUAUAAGAUCUUCCACGAUUGUAUGAUUCCACCUUGCCCCACGAACUCUUAUCCUGGCGUCUGGGAAGUUCCUAUGGUGAUGUGGCAGGAUCUCAACGGAGGCAGAUGUUCGAUGGGUGAUGCUUGUACCACCCCUCCUGAUGCUGAAGGCGUUUAUAAAAUGCUGAUUAAGAACUUUGAGAGACAUUAUACCAGCAACAGGGCACCAUUCGGCCUGUUCUACCACGCUGCUUGGUUCACCACACCUCACCACAAGGAAGGUUUCAUUGCCUUCUUGGACACCAUUACAGCCAUGGAUGAUGUCUGGCUCAUCACCAACCAUCAGCUCCUCCAGUGGAUGAGAGAUCCUCAACCUUUGUCGACCAUAAAGAACUUUGCACCUUUUGGAUGUAGCUUCCCAGACCGCAAGAAAUGUACCAGCACGAAAGUCUGCAAUGUAUGGCAUAAGGGAGGUGUCAGGUAUAUGCGCACAUGCCAACAGUGCCCAGAAAAAUACCCUUGGACCGGGAACACUGGAGUGAGGAGUCCUCUUAAUGAUGUUUGAAUGCCAUAAACAUAGUAAUUUUUAUUUUUUUUUAAUCCUCAUCCUCGACUGUGAUUUUUUAUUUGGACAUAUCUGACCUCCCGUUACUCCAAGGCCAGGAGCACACACCCUUACUAAUUCUUAUGCACAGUUGGUGCAAAAGUCUGUGCUGGUCUGUGCCAUGACAUCUCAAGUCUGUGAUGAUGACAGAAUUCCUUUUAACUCCUGGCCUCGGAAGGAACGUUAUCCUUUAACUUUGGAUGGCUGUAGAGCCCAUCUUAUUAUGCCUUAUGUUAUUAUUUCUUCAGCUUAGGAGAUGGAGCGAAUGAAGCUUGUUUUUCCCUUCUACUUAGGCAUCAUAGUUUGGCCUCUUCAGCAGUUUCCAAUUAAUUGCAAAGUCAAAAUUUAAGUCGGUUUCGCGAUUUUCCCGCAGGCAAAGUCAUUCACCACCGUUUUAUUGCUGCUGUUUUUUUUUCUAAUUUACUUUUUUGACGAAUUAAAAUUGACUGUCCCAUAGCGUCUAAACAAAGUAAUUGUUAACCAUUAGAGAAAAAGUUUCGAUUGUUGAAAUCUUAUUAAGUUUGGAAAGUGUAAAUUUUAGGAAGAAUUUCGUGUGCUACGAACAUAUUUGUGAUUAAAUUAAACUUACUACAGAUGAUGAAAUUAUAGAUAAUCCGAAGAAUAAUUCAGGUACAAUAUCGUGCAAGCAUAAAGAAUGGCUGUCUGUUUCUCUUUAAGUGAGGUCAGCUGUGUUAGUUGGAACUGAAAAUUAUUAUCUGGAAAAGGAGGCUCUUGAAGAGUUUUCCCCUCCUUCUGCCUUUUGAAGAUAUUAUCCGGCAGAAUGGCCAACCGAAUAUCGUACCUGUUACCAUAAUUACAAAGGUUCAUUUUCGCUUUUCAUGUUUAUAGAAUUUGAACGUCUGUGAUUGCGUGAACUUCUUUCGGGUGUCCGUUCUGCUCUUACACUGAAUAGAUUAAGGACGUGAUACGCAAUGUAGAUAUGUAAAUAGAUGAAUUUUCUUUUACAUGUUAAACCCAAUUCUUUCUUUAGUUCAAAAAAGAAUAAAAACGGUUUAAAAGUAAAGUGAUCCUUGCCUAUAUACCCGUGCAAUAUAAACACAUUUCAACCUCGAUAAUGUGGUUUUAUUCGCUCUGUCAUAGAUUUCAUUUCAAGACUUCUACUAACCUAUGGGCGCGUUCCAUUGGGGGCAAACGCUACGAAAAAAUUCACAAUUUUGGCAACGUAUCUCGAGGGAAGCUGAAUUUUGCUGAAGUUAGGUCAGUUCGCUAUAGCGAAUUGUUUAAUUCUGCUGGAGGACAUCAGACAAAGCUGUAAAGAUGGAAUAUUUUCUCUGAUCCAUUAAAGCAACAUCUUAAAGAACAAUACAGCACCUUCAUUUACCAAGAACGUCUUAGCAGCCCGUAACCUAAUGAACAGGCCCCAUACCGCUUUGUUAUUGGAACUGUAGAUAAAAAGAGCAAUGCUAAUAAACUGGCAUUCUGUUUGAUAAGUAUUUCUGUUUUAUACAAGAUUAUUUUUUAUUAUUUUGUUUAUAUUGCUAUCAGAAAGAAGUUUUAACCUAUAUUUUCUUAGGACUAAAGUCAACUGCGGACUUAGAGAGAGAUAUGAACUGUUAUUUCUUUGAAUUCAAAGUUACUCUAUUGAACGUGUCUUCUCCCUUAAUGUCAAGAUGGUGUCACUGAAUAACUAAAAUCGGUGUCAUCCCAAGUGUCCAGAUUAGUGCACUGAUUCACCUUUCAUUGUGUCCAUCUGUAUAACUGAUUAAUUUGUAUGAAUGUAAUCACAUAAUUAAUAUUAAUAUUAUUGUCAUUGUUAUUGGACUCUCAUGUACAAAUUUCAUAUCACGUGGCUAAUUGGUCACCGAAGAUGAUUGGUUUUCUGAUGAUUAUCUAUAAAUUACUUUUUGAAAAUUUUGAAACUUUUGCAGAAAAUAUCGAUAUUUGUAAAGUGCCAGUAUCCAAUGAUAUUGACCGAUUUUUGUUUUUGGGAACAAUUACUGAAUGUUAAUUUCUGAAUUAAUGGCUAUUGCUUAAAUUGCUUGAUAGUCACUAAAUUUGCCUGUUUCUACGUAUCAUAGUUUUCCCUUUGAUGUUUUGCAUUGAUGGUAGUUUUGAAUUGAAAUGAAUUUUUCAAGUAAAAAAAUAGAUGGAUCUAUUUAUGGAGGUGCAAGAUAAAAUGUAUAAAAAAAACACACAUAACUGAUUGCAAUAAAAAUAAACAUAGUUUCUCA